CGCUGUCAAAGCAACAGUAUCCAACGGGAUUUAGUAGGAUCGUCGGACUUAUCUCAAGCUUUAUUUGAUCGGAAAUAUGUCUGCCUCAAGUCCCGACCAGCGCCUGGAUCAUCUCCUUAGCGCCGUGGAGAGCGAAUUUCAGAAGGGCAGCGAGAAAGGGGACGCGUCCGAGCGGGAUAUUAAACUUUCGCUUGAAGACGCGGAGUUGUGGACCAAAUUUAAAGAGCUCACCAAUGAAAUGAUUGUCACCAAGACUGGGAGACGAAUGUUUCCCGUGCUCAGAGCCAGUGUCACCGGUCUCGACCCUAAUGCAAUGUACUCGGUCCUGCUGGAUUUUGUGGCGGCCGAUAAUAAUCGGUGGAAAUACGUGAACGGUGAAUGGGUGCCCGGUGGGAAACCCGAACCCCAAAGCCCGAGCUGCGUCUACAUCCACCCGGACUCACCCAACUUCGGCGCGCACUGGAUGAAAGCACCCGUAUCUUUCAGCAAAGUCAAACUCUCCAAUAAACUCAACGGAGGAGGACAGAUUAUGUUAAACUCAUUGCACAAAUACGAACCCAGGAUACACAUCGUGAAAGUCGGUGGGAUUCAGAAAAUGAUCAGCAGUCAGUCUUUUCCUGAGACACAGUUUAUUGCAGUCACAGCAUAUCAGAAUGAAGAGAUUACCGCUCUGAAAAUCAAACACAAUCCUUUUGCCAAAGCUUUCCUCGAUGCCAAAGAGAGAAGUGACCACAAGGAAGUCCCAGACCACAGCACUGACAACCAGCAAUCUGGAUAUUCACAACUCGGUGGCUGGUUCCUGCCCAGUAACGGCCCCAUGGGCCCCAGCAGCAGCCCUCCUCAGUUCAAUGGGGCCCCUGUUCACUCCUCGGGUUCGUACUGUGAGAGAUACUCCAGCUUGAGGAACCACAGAGCUGCUCCAUAUCCCAGCCAUUACUCCCACCGCAGCACUACCACCAAUAACUACAUGGACAACUCUUCCGGAAGUCUUGCGUCUCAUGACAGCUGGUCAGCCCUGCAGAUCCCCAACUCCAGCGGGAUGGGAACCCUGGCCCACACCACAAACACUACCUCCAACACCAGUCAGUACCCAAGUCUGUGGUCAGUUGCAGGGACGACUCUCACCCCAUCAGGCUCAGCAUCGGGCUCCAUUACAGGUGGCCUGACAUCUCAGUUCCUACGCGGUUCUUCGAUGUCCUACUCGGGUCUGACCUCCUCGCUGCCUGUGUCCUCUCCCUCCUCAAUGUACGAUCCAGGCCUAAGCGAGGUUGGCGUUGGAGAUGCCCAGUUCGAGAGCUCCAUCGCCCGGCUCACAGCAUCAUGGGCGCCUGUGGCUCAGAGCUACUGAGAUCGCUUCACAUUUAAGGACUGAUGCUGCAGUUAUGGACUUGAUCUUGGCUUCAGGAGGAAAUCUAGAAGAGCUUCUUGAUUUGACAAUCAGAAAACGGGUUGAUUUACUAUAAAAGUCACAUCUGUAUCAUACCGAGGCAUACGUAUUUACAAUCAAGAUGAGAGACAAUCAAUUAAAGGGUUAGUUCUUGCAAAAAAGAAAAUUUUGACAUCAUUUACUCACCUUUGUUUUAAACAUUGUUAAGUUUUUAUUCUGUUAAACACAAAAGAAGAUAUUUUGAAGAAUGUUCAAAACUGGUAACCAUUGCAUAGAAGCUGUUUUACUUAUGGAAGUAAAUGGUUACAGGUUAUCAGCAUUUUUUUAAAUAUAUUUUUUAGUUCAACAGAAGAAAGAAACUCUUUAAAGUUUGGAACAACUUGAGGGUGAGUAAAUUGAGUAAAAGUACGUUUUUGGGUUAACUAUCCCUUUAACUAUCAGAUUUUAGCCAUACAUUUUGGGGCAAUUAUAGUGUUUAUUCUUGAUAAUAUUAUCUAAAAGAUUAAUAAAAUCAAAAUUGUGCUGUUGACUCACUAAAAGUGUAUAUGUGUGUAAAUAAAUAGAAAUUAACGUCCGGUUUCAUUGUAUCACAGAAGAAUGUAACAGUCUUACAUGUGCUUUCUGUAGAACGAGAGAAAGACAGACUUUGCUGUUUCGUUUGAGAAAGUGAAUACGCUUUGAAAAGUGACCGUAUAGUUUUGUCUGCUAUUCGUCCUAUAGAGAAACCAUUUGUACAUAUCUAUCUAUUUGUAUUUGUUGGGCUCUUUGAGUUUUAUUUAUGUCAUUUUAAUAAUAAAUUAAAUUUCUUUUUUUUUUCUGUCAAA